AAUACACGAGAAAAUAUGGGUGCAUCAACUUCCAAGCCGGAAACCAAGGUAUUCACUCCAGCCGCCCCGGUUGACUUUAGUGCUUCCUUCUUGGCCCAAUUAGAAAACUCUACUGAGUCUGACUACUCCCGCUCGCAAUACACCGAGAAGUACAUUCAAGAAAGAGUUGCUGCUGAACUCAAGAAAUUGGAAAGAGAAACCGUUUCUAAGUUCCAAGGAACCUUGAAGGAAUCAUUGGACACUGAUGGAAAGAAUGCUGAACUUGAUGUAAAGAACACAAAUGCAAAGAUUGAAAAAUUAACCAAGAUCUUGGAAGCUAACGCUCAAUUCUUCAAGGUUGAAGUUGAUGCCAACGUGGCUGCCGCCAGAAGUAAUGUCAUCCUGUGUUUGAAGGAAAACAAGGGUAAGAGUUUGAACUGUUGGGAAGAAGUUGACGAAUUCAAGAAGUUGGUGAAGCAAGUGUAAGACCCCCUUUUCAAAACUUACACGAACAUAAAUUUGUACACAUAGAAAUAAAAGAAACGA